UCUGUCACGUUACGAUUCUAUUGAGUAGAAUGAUUGACUCUCAAAUGUUGUUUUCCCUGCAGGUUUUCUUGAUCUCGGAAGCAUCUAUCGAAACUUUCUUCCAUUUUUUUAUCCAUUUGGAUAUUUUUUUGCUGUAGUUGGAAUCAAGAUGGUGGAGGGGGGCGUUACUGCUGUGAGCAGAACAGAGCUCACGGAAUUCUGGCGGACGAUUUGGAGAACGCCUUAUAUUAUGCGCCUUGCCUUAUCAGCUGGAAUUGGAGGGCUUCUGUUUGGCUAUGACACUGGUGUUAUUUCUGGUGCCUUGCUCUACAUCCGGGAUGACUUUGAUUCCGUUAAAAACAACACAUUUCUGCGAGAAACUAUUGUUAGCAUGGCAGUAGCAGGAGCUGUGAUUGGUGCUGCAUUUGGUGGUUGGCUCAAUGACAAGUGUGGUCGGAAGAAAUCAAUUCUUUUAGCUGAUAUGCUGUUCGUUGCAGGUGCCAUACUUAUGGCUGCUGCUCCUGGUCCCUGGAUGAUCAUUAUUGGGAGAAUAUUUGUGGGAUUGGGAGUUGGAAUGGCGUCCAUGACAGCACCUCUCUAUAUUUCGGAAGCUUCUCCUGCUAGAGUUAGAGGUGCAUUAGUUAGUACCAAUGGUUUGCUGAUUACCGGAGGAGCUUUUCUGUCUUAUGUGAUCAACUAUGCAUUCACCAAGACGCCUGGGACGUGGCGUUGGAUGCUUGGAGUAGCAGGUUUUCCGGCUCUGAUCCAAUUUCUUUUGAUGCUUUGGCUUCCUGAGUCUCCUAGAUGGCUCUAUAUGGAGAAUAAAACGGACGAAGCUAGGAAGAUUCUGGAGAAGAUUUAUCCUGCCGAGGAAGUUGAGGAAGAAGUCCAGGCCUUAAAAGCCUCCAUCGAAGCUGAGAAAGCUCAGGAAGGGCCUUUAAAUGAAAACUUUUUCGCGAAGCUUAAAGCGGCCUGGGGUAAUGUAGUGGUCCGGAGGGGACUGUAUGCCGGAAUCACCGUCCAAGUAGCUCAACAGUUUGUUGGUAUCAACACCGUUAUGUACUAUAGCCCUACCAUAGUACAAUUUGCGGGAUUUGCUUCAAAUUCGACGGCUUUGGCACUAUCUCUGAUUACCUCUGGUCUUAAUGUUGUGGGUACCAUCAUCAGUAUGCUUUUUGUUGACAGAUAUGGCAGGAGGAGAUUGAUGAUAGUCUCCAUGUUUGGGAUCAUAGUUUGUCUGGUGGUGUUAUCCGUCAUGUUUUUUGAAGCUGCCUCUCAUGCCCCACGAGUCAGUCACUCUGAAUCCUUCAAUUUUAGCGUCAAUUCUACCUGUCCCAGCUUCGUCCAAGCCUCAAAUCCUGCAUCUUGGAAUUGCAUGACAUGCUUGAACGCAUCUCCAAAGUGUGCCUUUUGUUCUAAUGGAGCUAGCCAAUAUCAACCUGGGGCAUGCUUAGUGGUGGACGAUGGUCUGAAGGAUAAAUGCCACAGCGAACAACAUCGCGUAUGGUUCACCGAAGGCUGUCCGAGCAAAUUCGGAAUUUUCACCGUCCUGCUCCUAGGAUUGUACAUCAUUUCGUACGCUCCUGGGAUGGGGACUGCACCUUGGAUCGUGAACUCUGAGAUAUAUCCAUUGAGAUACAGAGGGUUAGGCGGUGGAACUGCGGCAGUCUCCAACUGGGUGGCUAAUCUGAUUGUCAGCGAGUCAUUCUUGACGCUGACAGAGGCACUUGGGUCUGCCGGCACUUUCCUUUUGUUUGCUGGAUUCUCCUUUCUUGGACUGGUGGCCAUUUUCUUCGUCGUACCUGAAACCAAAGGUUUGCAAUUGGAGGAGAUUGAGAGCGUGCUCCAAGAGGGUUACAAGCCAACCUUGUUCUGCUGCAAGGGAAAAGCAGAGGAAAAGGACAGUGGCAGGUGAAUAUCCAAACCAGUGCUGCUGCAGCUGCUGCUGC